AUGACCUCUGAUAAGAGCUCCUCUGAAAACUCAGACAGCCACAAGAGUGGAUCUAAGCUAAUUCCACCGCGCCAUGACGAAGGAAGGGCAUCCUUCUUAUCAAACAUCUCUUAUGAAGCCUCAGAAAUAGGAAAAGCAGUCCCAGUGGCCAUGAUCAAUAAUCUCAGGAAUACAGGCGAGGUUAAACAAAUGUAUGUCGAAAACGUCAACACAGAGAGACCUAUUGGCGAAGACGAUGAGUCUGUAUUUUCAGGAUCAGUAAAGCUCGGCCGUCUUGAUACCGUGAAAAGUGUUGAUGCCAAAGGACUUGCACAACAACCAGAAUUAACUGUAACUACUGCAGUUGAAAGUGUUAUCCCUCCUCGUCUGAGAAGAAGACCAAUCAGCGAAUUACCAACAACAGCAGAGGUCAUUACGAAAUCUCCAAAAUCGGCUAAGAGGGGCUCUCUUACAAUCAAUGAGGAUUUAGACAAACUCAUGGAAAGUGCAAAUAUAUUGAAAGAAAACACUUCUGCAAGCAAGAUGAGUGUCAAUGAAUCAAUGGGAUCAGGUCUCACGAAUAGAGUCGUACCAGAAACUAAUUUGUCUUCAGAUGCAUUCGAAACUGCUGAAGGAGACUCUGUAUCAUCCUCGCAAGAGACAACAAGUUUUUCAGCGCCAUUGAAACUUCCAAAAAGACCCAAUGCUGCAAAUUUAGGCAAGGCUCGCCAAGCAAGCUUGGAAUUUGCAUCUAAACAAGUACCGGGUGACCGCAAGGACCACCUGGAGAUACUGAGUAUAGAAACAGCAUCAAGUUUCCACACCGACGACCAAUUGAUCCCUGAGAGCCAGGGAGGCGAAACAGAUGCGGGUAUCAAACCAAAAACUGACGAUGUUUCAAACUCAUUAGCAAAAAAACUAAUACCACAAAGACUAUACUCCGAAGAAUCAAAGAUUAGUCCACGUACUGGGAAUAACGAAUACAACAACCCAGACAAGGACUUCGAUAAAGUCCAUGCAAAAUCCAUUGCAAUUGAUAACUUUCCCACUGAAGGUAUUCAAACAGACCCGGCUACACAUCUUGUUCAGGCUGAUGAAGGCAGAACGACCGUACCACAAGAAAAUUUUGCCGAUAUGAACCAGAACACAACGAACGCUGUAUUACCGCCUCCUAUCGAGACUAGCUCGUUAGAGCAGCCUGAUAAAUUGAGAAACGUUGACCCAGAUAAUGAAUUCUAUGAUAUCGAGGAGCCAAUUCUUGUUUCACAACCUUCUCAAGGAAAACCCAUCAAGGACAGCAUGAAAAAUGGUUCUCGUAGAAGCAAAAAAGGAGCAAGGAAAUCGCGCAGAAGUACAGAUUCUAAAUUAAAACCAUUCAGUUAUUCCACUCUUGUGAAUUUACUCGAGAGUAUAAAUGGCACAGUUAUUGGUGAAGAAUUCGAGAGCUUGAACUUGCCUACACAAGAGAAACAAUUAAUUGAGAAAAUCAUAGAUCUGUUAAGUAGACUUACUUCAGAUAUGGUUUUAGACGAAAAUCGGUAUCUGGUCGGCAUUGCAAGAUUAGAGAAGGCACACAGAGUUUUGGAAGGAUUUAUGUAA